AUGAGUUAUAUCGAGCCUGAAGACAAUCUGGUGGACUUUCCCGAGAAGUUUUUGAACUUGCGGGAUGAGUUGGAUUUUAAACACGAAGCCUUGCUGGAGGACAAGGAAGUUGAGAGAAGAGUGGGAAUAUACGACGAUUUAGUCGAGAAGGGUGCUAAUCUGACACCCAUGGAGUUCAUGAUAUUUAUGGACCGGAGUUACAUAUUCAAGUAUCCGGUCCUGAAUACUGACGAACUGUUUGAGCUGGGCUCGAUUCAAAGUAGGUGCUUCACGAAGAAAAUUCGGAGCCCAUGGAGUGGAAACCAUGUGGUUUCCCAAGAGACAAUGGACUUUUUGUCCUUAUUCUUUGGGGCGGAUUUUCAAGAAGAAUUCUUCAAAAAGCCAGUGGCGGAGGCAGAGUUUAGACGGAAAAUAGAGCUUGAGAUUAUGCUGGAGGAGAUUUAUCAAGCUUGGUGGCGGCCGUACUCAGCGCUGCAGUUUGCAGCUACUUGGAGGUACUUUGAAGAGUUACGCAAAGCAAUAGACAAAACAGACAUUUACACAAAACAGGAGAAACAAGUCAAAAAGCGACAUCUUCCGUCACGUGAUCAAACCAAAACAUCGCUCUACGCUUUCUCUCUUGUUAGAGAAAAUUUCAACUUUCCAGAAAGUGAUUUCGGCUAUCGUCCCUAUUACAACAUAGACGCACCGAUUUCCAGUUACGGCGCUAUUUGGAUUGCAACGGGUGAUGAAUACAGAGGCGGGACUCUUACUCUAGACGACUUCGAAAAAAGCCAACAAGCUGUUAUUUACAAACCAAAUAACUUUUCUCGCAACUCGAUUGUGAAAGAUAUUUUUGAGUUCCGACUUGAUAUAACUCCAACCGAAGGUUUCGAAGCGCACCAGAAAUACCAGGCGCUUCUAAACAUGCAAAUCGAAAUUAAUAUUAUCCCUAUAGACGUGACUCCUCCGACUAUUAUAGCGCAUACUGUCUAUGUUCCAGAAGGUGGAAAAGUUGCAAUAAGCGGCGACAUUCUAGAAGCCGAAGACAAUGAUUCGUUUUUGUCCCAAAUAAUCUGUUAUAUUUCUAGGCAACCGUCAUAUGGCUACUUAGCUAAUGUAGACGCAACUUCGCCGUACUAUUACUUGCCAAUUAGUAGUUUCUACUUUGAUCAGGUUAAAAUGGAAAAGUUGGCCUAUGUUCAAAGCUUACACACGCAUCGAGUGCAAAAAAUCGAACCGGAAGCUGAUUUUAUGAAGUUUAUUUGCUCGGACGGAAAAAAUUACGCAAUCCAGGAAACGUUGAUGGAAAUUACCAUUGAACCGAGAAACGACGAGCAUCCCAAGUUCCGAUUGAUUCAACCAAUCACAGUACAAGAAGGAGCUUCCGUGGUUUUAGGUCGACCUUAUUUUUCUCUUGAAGAUGCUGACAUGCCAAAAAAGAAUUUGAACAUAACUUUACUUCGAAAACCGAAAUACGGAAAGAUUAUGUUGAGAAAAAGGAUUUUUGAAUCAGUUCAACAAGAUCUCUACUACUCCGUCAAUUAUUUUGAUUCUUCGAAUCUAAUCUUAAGCCCAGAAGACGUCGCUUUCAAAACGGACACGAUCGUUUACAAACACAGUGGAUCAGAAAACUUCGAGGAUUCUUUCACAAUUCAAAUAAACGACCAAAGUGACACAAACUUUUCUCGAUCACCAUAUGCGGUUUACACAAUUGUCCAACAAUUAAACGUGACAAUUAAUCGCAUAGAUGACGAGGUUCCAAUAUUGGUUGUCUCGGAACCCCUGGUGGUAACUCCUGGACGUCAGAGGUGCCUGGACUCUUCGAAUCUUCAAGUGACCGACUCGGAUACCAACUUGGUAGAUUUGCAGUACAUUGUCCGAAGCACUGCAAAGUUCGGAGAGUUUUCUAUCAAACUUUCAGAACAAGCUGAAAAAACUUUGGUUUACGGGGAUGUUUUCAAACAAGAUGAUGUUGACAAAGUUCGGGUAUGUUAUGUCGCAUCAAUUGAUGUCGCUGAAGAUGUUGAAUAUCUAACUUUCGACGUCACAGAUGGAACAAAUAUCCUCAGAAAUCAAGAGUUUAAUGUCCUGAUUAAAUCGUCGUUUGAAAUUGGAUUAAACAUCACUGUUAUUCUUGACAACAACGAAGGUGAUGGAAUUUAUAAAAUAAGCAGCAAGCUUUUCGAGACAACUGACAUAACUUUAGAUAGAAAGGCUACUUGGAGGUACUUUGAAGAGUUACGCAAAGCAAUAGACAAAACAGACAUUUACACAAAACAGGAGAAACAAGUCAAAAAGCGACAUCUUCCGUCACGUGAUCAAACCAAAACAUCGCUCUACGCUUUCUCUCUUGUUAGAGAAAAUUUCAACUUUCCAGAAAGUGAUUUCGGCUAUCGUCCCUAUUACAACAUAGACGCACCGAUUUCCAGUUACGGCGCUAUUUGGAUUGCAACGGGUGAUGAAUACAGAGGCGGGACUCUUACUCUAGACGACUUCGAAAAAAGCCAACAAGCUGUUAUUUACAAACCAAAUAACUUUUCUCGCAACUCGAUUGUGAAAGAUAUUUUUGAGUUCCGACUUGAUAUAACUCCAACCGAAGGUUUCGAAGCGCACCAGAAAUACCAGGCGCUUCUAAACAUGCAAAUCGAAAUUAAUAUUAUCCCUAUAGACGUGACUCCUCCGACUAUUAUAGCGCAUACUGUCUAUGUUCCAGAAGGUGGAAAAGUUGCAAUAAGCGGCGACAUUCUAGAAGCCGAAGACAAUGAUUCGUUUUUGUCCCAAAUAAUCUGUUAUAUUUCUAGGCAACCGUCAUAUGGCUACUUAGCUAAUGUAGACGCAACUUCGCCGUACUAUUACUUGCCAAUUAGUAGUUUCUACUUUGAUCAGGUUAAAAUGGAAAAGUUGGCCUAUGUUCAAAGCUUACACACGCAUCGAGUGCAAAAAAUCGAACCGGAAGCUGAUUUUAUGAAGUUUAUUUGCUCGGACGGAAAAAAUUACGCAAUCCAGGAAACGUUGAUGGAAAUUACCAUUGAACCGAGAAACGACGAGCAUCCCAAGUUCCGAUUGAUUCAACCAAUCACAGUACAAGAAGGAGCUUCCGUGGUUUUAGGUCGACCUUAUUUUUCUCUUGAAGAUGCUGACAUGCCAAAAAAGAAUUUGAACAUAACUUUACUUCGAAAACCGAAAUACGGAAAGAUUAUGUUGAGAAAAAGGAUUUUUGAAUCAGUUCAACAAGAUCUCUACUACUCCGUCAAUUAUUUUGAUUCUUCGAAUCUAAUCUUAAGCCCAGAAGACGUCGCUUUCAAAACGGACACGAUCGUUUACAAACACAGUGGAUCAGAAAACUUCGAGGAUUCUUUCACAAUUCAAAUAAACGACCAAAGUGACACAAACUUUUCUCGAUCACCAUAUGCGGUUUACACAAUUGUCCAACAAUUAAACGUGACAAUUAAUCGCAUAGAUGACGAGGUUCCAAUAUUGGUUGUCUCGGAACCCCUGGUGGUAACUCCUGGACGUCAGAGGUGCCUGGACUCUUCGAAUCUUCAAGUGACCGACUCGGAUACCAACUUGGUAGAUUUGCAGUACAUUGUCCGAAGCACUGCAAAGUUCGGAGAGUUUUCUAUCAAACUUUCAGAACAAGCUGAAAAAACUUUGGUUUACGGGGAUGUUUUCAAACAAGAUGAUGUUGACAAAGUUCGGGUAUGUUAUGUCGCAUCAAUUGAUGUCGCUGAAGAUGUUGAAUAUCUAACUUUCGACGUCACAGAUGGAACAAAUAUCCUCAGAAAUCAAGAGUUUAAUGUCCUGAUUAAAUCGUCGUUUGAAAUUGGAUUAAACAUCACUGUUAUUCUUGACAACAACGAAGGUGAUGGAAUUUAUAAAAUGAGCAGCAAGCUUUUCGAGACAACUGACAUAACUUUAGACAGAAGAACCUUAUGGUUUAGACUCAGCAAGGAUCCACAACACGGUGACGUCAAGAUCUUGCGUAAUAAGAUCUUCAAGCCAGUUCAGGAAUUUUCCGCGAUCAACUUGAAGGACAAUGUCGUCAUAUAUUAUCAUGACAUUACGUUCGAGGAAACUAUGGACGCGUUUCAAAUUGAAUUGUACCAAAAAGAUCCUUACAGAGAAUCAAUAGUUGAUACUCCAGAUGCAGAUGAGCUUCUCAAGGUUCUGCGAACGUUCAACAUUGCUGUUAUAGAUCCGGAGAAAAACCCUAUUUUAGUUUCAAUUCGACCCAUGUCAGUUUUUGAAAACAACUCAAAAAUAGUUUCAAACGAAGACAUCUCAAUUAAACAAGGAGGCCAAUUGAUACCUGAAAUUGAGCUCUACGUCACGCAAAAUCCGAGUUACGGCGAAUUACGAAGUCGGUCUAGUAAUAAACAAGUUUUCAAAUUUUCAGCUGGAGAUCUGACAAAAGGCGACAUUUAUUAUAUGCAUUCGGGUCGCGACGUAUCGCGGCGGAAGUUUGACGGAAUCGGGUUGACGUUGUCGGAUCCGAGACGACCGAGCCAAGACUGCUGGUACUACAUGCUUCCGGAUAGUACCUAUCCUACAAAAGACAAACUACAAAUCCCAAUCGAACUCAUACCUAUUGAUAAUAGGGCGCCGAAGAUAUAUGUCAACACUAUUAGCUCGGAUUUGAUAGCCCGUGCCGACGAUACGAACAAACCGACAUCCAGAACUGGGUUCGGGCAUUUUUCGGUCAUACCAAUUAGUCGAAUUAAUCUUCGUGCUUAUGAUGAAGACUCCAAAUCUUCAGAUGUUUUCUUCGUCAUUCAGAACUCAACGAGGGGUUUCAUUUGCUCGAAAAAAUUUCCAAGUGUGAACUUGUAUAAUUUCACACAAGAGCAGUUGGAUGACGAUAUCAUUGGAUUCUGCUUGCCUCACGGGAGUUUCGCGACUGAUGGUUACUUCACAUUCAGACUGCAAGAUUCAAGUGGUAACAGAGCCCCCCAGCUGUUCAGACAUACUUUAGCGUGGUCAUUUGUGUCGUUUGAGAAGCAACACUACCAGGUGAAAGAGACACAGGGAAAUGUCACUCUAAGGCUCCUUAGACGAGGCUACCCAAACACUACUAUAUACGUGGAUGUUUUCGUGUCGGGAAUCAGCGCUUAUCCAGGCACCGACUUCGUCAAUGUUUGGAAGGCCACUUCGGUCGAUUCGUGGUGGAAUACCGAGGGUGUGUUCAUGGAACGCCCCGACCAGGCCUCAGAAGUCGGCAACAGCCCUGUCGGCACCCGAGACGGCUCUCGGAAAACGGCCUCUCACGACGUCAACCUGGUCAACUCUCGUCAAAUCAGAAUGGAGAAGGGCCAGAUGUCGACUAGCUGGACAGUCGCCUUAUUGGACGACAAUAUCUACGAGGGAACUGAGAGUUUUCACGUGUUCCUUACUCAUCCUCUGGUCGGAGGCAUUGACCCGGACCCUUUGCGACCCUCAAACGCCAUUGUUGACAUAAACGACGAUGAAGACCGUCCAAAAAUUGAAAUGGUGCGAAGCCAGUACAAUGUGAGUGAAAAAGUAGGACAAGUGUCAAUCUUUCUCAGAAGAUCUGGAGAUCUCACGAAGAAUGUCACAGUCUACUGCUAUACUGUCCAAGAUACGGCCGAGGCUUCUCGCUACAACUUCAAAGGCGACUUCGAGGCGCUCUCCGACAAAGGAAGGAAAAGAAACUUUGUCAUCUUCCUGCCAGGAAUCAACGAGAACUUCUGCAACGUCACAAUUAAUGAUGACUACAACUACGAGCCCAAUCCGGAACUGUUCUACGUGCACGCAGCGAGUGACCUUGACAACGACUUCAUAAAUAAAAGGAAGUCAUUUUCUACAGUGAUCAUACUACCAGAUCCAACUGACGCUCCCGUUGUUGAGUUUGAGAAAGUGUCAACUGAAGUCGAAGAAAGUGACCGAGAAUUGUUUGUGACUAUUAUCCGAAAGGGAGUCGACCUAUCUUACGUGUCGUCCGUCGUCGUUCGGUGUGAAGAGCCGAGUCAGGAUGAGCUAAUCGGACACAUGUCACCUGCUGAUGGCAAUGACUACAUGUGCAGUGCGCAGAGGGUGGUGUUCGAGCGGGAGGCAGGCAGGGCAAGAUUCCGACUCUGGAUCCACGACGACCUCUUCUUCACCAACUCCUCAUCCAGAGUCCUAAUGGAGGGAACGGAAGCUCUGAAGUUACAGAUUGAGGAGUACUCACAUUGCAGAUCGAGAGAGGGUAAAGAAGUUCAUUGGGUGUACAUAUCAGACGAGGAAACUGACCGGACCAGCAUCAGUUUCAUGGACCCCCCUUUGGUGCAGGUGGGGGAGGGUAACGGGAGUGUGUGGGCGAGGGUUAGUAGGAAGGGGGACGCCUCCCAGGCUGUCCAUUUCAUCUGCUCAGUCAAUGACUCACAAUCAACCAGCUUCAAAUCGUCUCAAUUCAACGCAGUCAUUCCAAUCGAUGAGAGAAACGGUUUGUGCAGGUUCGAACUUCACAACGACAACAGUUUCAAAUCCAUGUUCGAGUUAUUUGAAGUCAGCAUCACUUUGCGCCCCUUGAAGAAUCCCAAGCCCCCCAGUUCAGAUUUGAUGUUCACCCCUGUCAUCCGGGAACCCAGUCAAGUUAUGCUGAAAGUUUGGGAUGAUGAUGCUCCCAACGUGUACUUUGAGAAGGCCUCCUAUACUGUGGAAGAAAGAGCAGCUUCUUCAAGUGAAUUGAAAGUGCUUGUGAAGAGGGAAGGAGACUUGACUACCACUAACCGAGUAUUCGUCACUUCAUUUGACGGAACAGCAGACGAGAGCGACUACGAACCCAUUCAGAAAGCUCUAACUUUUGGGCCCGGAGAUGUCGAGAAGGUCGUUACGGUGAAGAUUCUUCCCGACGGCAGAUGGGAUUCGUUUGAAAGUUUCAUUCUGAAAUUGACCAAUCAGGACUCAAAAGAAAUGCUCUACUCGAAGAGGAACAAAACAUUGGUUUACAUCCGUGACCAGGAGUACGAAUCCCACCUGCUCGCAUUCCCCCUGCCCCCCAAAAUAGUCCCCCUCAGUCAGAUGAGCGUGGAGAGGGAGGAGCAACUGGACAACACUGUCAUAAGUGGGGUCCCACUUGUAUGUCUGUCGGGCUGUGAUCCGAAGUACGACUUCAACCCCGUGAACAAAACUCACUUCAAUGAACUCAUCUCUGCAUGUUCACACGUGAACAACUCACGCACCCUCUACACAUGGAGGAUAUUCAGUCGCUCUUCCGAGUCAAGAUCAAUGACGAUUCCGGUGGACGAGAACAUUCUGCACACUUCGUGGUUCUGGCAGGUUCUGGAUCCGAUGUUCGUGGUGCCUGGAUUCCGAGUACAAUGUGUAACCACGGCUGUCGGCACAAACGGCCAAAAAGGCGAACAAGUUCCGAGCGAACUUUUGACCAUAAAAAAUGAAAUGCUGAACAACUGUCAUCUGACGUCAUCACUUGACACCAUCGUUACUCCCGAGUUCAUUGAACCGAACGUUCUCCAGUUCGAAGUCUCAGUUCCGAUCCGAGCCAACUUCUACCCAUACAUUUCAAUAGGAAGCAUUCCAGUCGAACCAAGAAAUCUGGUUUUGAACUCCGGUUUCGAUUUUCAGGAUAGGGAUAACUUAUGGAAUAAUAUUUGCCAGUAUCCUAACAACGUUGAAUCGAAUAUCGGUUUCAAAAAUUGGGUUUCGGAUCCAUUUUUUCCAGGUCAGCACGACUCUACUGAGUUUCGAAGCGCUGUCGCACGCAAUCUAUAUUCAAAUUUGGAUUUUAAGACUUGCAGUUGGAAAUUUUACGCUAAUUUUACGCUGAAGAUUUUAUUCGAAAAAUGCAACGUUGUCCAAAAAGAGUACUUUAAAGUUUCACACCACCAAACACUUCCAGUCAUAAAAACGAAAGUUCCGAUUUAUGUACACGAAAUUGAAUUUUCACCAAAGUCUACUUUUGCCGGAGCUUCGGAUUUGUUUGAAUCGAAAACUGCUGGGAUUGACAUUGAGUUCAUCUACACCUAUUCAACGGCGAAAAAUACAAAAGAAGAAUGGUACAAUGGUAUUGCAAGACAGCAACGCUCAGAAAACGGCGAAAUUUUCUCGGCGCAUCUAUUUCCGAACAGUAUUUCAUUCGUCCGAGAAGGAAGUUCGGAUGCUCUUCAGUUGAAUCUAACGAGCAAAGCGUUGUCUAAUGGGAACAGCGAACAACUAGUCGCUUCUACAGUUAGAAAACCCCAGUUUGUUUCCUCCACCGGGGGAAGUUAUUUUGUUGAUGUCGCUGAAAAGGGAUCCACGUACUUGAAUAGUAAAAACUGGGAUGUCACCAUAACUUCGCUAGCUAGAGACUCUGCAUUUUUUGGUGGACAUUUGUCAAUUUACAUGCUGCCUUGCUCCGACAAAACUCAAGGCCCAGAUAGACUCAUCAAGUGCAACACUUCAAACGAGAUGACAUUCACGAUUCAGCUGAGAAUUGACAAAUUGGACUUACGCGUCAUCCCUUACGAGUCGAAUGACCCCCUUACGCCCAUAAUUAAGUUCACAUUCCCCCGAAGAAACGAAAAUGUACAGUCUUCAGAGUUACCUCAACUUUAUCGCAAAAAUGACGUCAUCACCGCAGAAGUGGUUGGAGGGGGAGGGAGAGGGGUGAGGGUGGUAGAAGCACAUGUGUGUAGGGGACAGAACGGGUACAUUCCCCAGUACAGACCAGACAGGAUGAUGUUCGGAUGUCAGUGGACCAACGACCUCCUCAUACACACACUUAUGCCACUAUUUCGAAAAGACGAAGUGUCAGUAAUCAAUCAAGAUCAAUUUGAGAUCACCUUCGAAGGGAGCAGAAAAUUUUCAUUCUCAAGCGCUCCUCUUCUUAAACCAAAUAUGACAGACAUUUGGAUGCUCCACGUGGUCAUCACUCAGAAACGUCUAGAAAGUUCUAGAAAGUUGUCAUCGUCGUCAUCAAGUUCUGAUCUCGGUGAUGCGAACACGAUAUCGAAUGAUAAAGCAACCUUGAAAAUGGAAAGUUUGAUUACAGUAAUACCGUUGUCCUCUCUUAAGCCAAUAACAUCUGGUCAACCGACUUUUCCUCAGAAAACGGGCAAAGAGCCGACAGCUCCGACGUUCGACAACGACAAAACCAUGACAGCCGGUGAUUUGGUGAAAUCAGUCCCAUCUGUAGCUCCCCUUCUAGCUAUAAUUGCCAUGUCUAUUUUUAUAUCCUGUUUUAUUCUCGCAGUUUUCAUGGCCAGACGAAAAAACCAAAGAAAUAGAUUGAUUGCAAAGCAACAAGUUGUCGAGAAAAAUCACGGAAAUUUCCACCAACUUCAUGCGCAUGGCCAACAGUUUAGUAACAAUCUUAGCAGCCAAAUGUAUUUUGGAGUUAACCAAUUAAAUGGCUCAAAUACGGUACCCAAACGAGCAUCGGCACUUAAAAACCCGAACUCGAAUACAACCUUAGGCCAGAACCACAAUACGAUAACUAGUCAGAGUAAUAACCAGCAUAACUAUCAAAACACUUCAGCAACUGUGUCAAACACCACCGUCAAGCACCCGACUGUAGUUUUCUCGCCACAAGUCACGACUAUUCGGGACAACACGCCCAUAUAUGGAAGUUACCAGGACGACAGCUUUGACGGUAGUCGACCAUUUUUCUUGCUAGAAACAAACGCUUGAUAAUUGUUGAAGGUCUGUA